ACAAAAGAUCACACAAAAUUCAAAAAUUUCAAUUCAACACAAACAUUUUCGUCUGGUAAAAAUGCGUUUCUAAUCGCUGUGUUUCGUCUCGAUUUCGAUUUUGAUCACUGUGUUUUUUUUGUUUUCGUCGAUUUGGUCAUUGCCUUUGGUUUGUUUGAAAUUUUUCCAGUUUCCAGAGAUGAAUUGUUGAAAUAAUUUGGUGUUGGUGUAGAUUCUGGUUUUGGUUUCGGUUUCGGUUUUUUAUUAAGAUUACAAUGAUUGGAAAUGGGGUGGUGGGGAUUUUGGCUGAGUCUGUGAACAAGUGGGAGAGAAGAGCGCCUCUGACGCCGUCUCACUGCGCUCGGCUGCUCCACAGCGGGAAAGAUAAAACCGGAGUUUCUCGGAUCAUACUGCAGCCCUCGACGAAGAGAAUUCAUCAUGAUGCAAUGUAUGAAGAUGUUGGAUGUGAAAUCUCUGAGGAUUUGUCACAUUGUGGUUUGAUCCUCGGCAUUAAACAGCCAAAGCUGGAGAUGAUUCUGCCGGAUAGAGCUUAUGCGUUUUUUUCGCAUACUCAUAAGGCUCAGAAGGAAAACAUGCCACUCUUGGAUAAGAUCCUAGCAGAAAGAGUGUCUCUCUAUGAUUACGAGCUUAUUGUCGGGGAUCAUGCGAGAAGACUACUUGCAUUCGGAAAGUAUGCUGGUAGAGCAGGAUUUAUCGACUUCUUGCUCGGCUUAGGACAGAGGUACCUAAGUCUUGGAUAUUCGACACCGUUUCUUUCGUUGGGUGCAUCUUAUAUGUAUCCAUCCUUGGCUGCCGCUAAGGCAGCUGUAAUUUCUGUGGGCGAAGAGAUAGCAACUCGCGGACUGCCAUCAGGAAUCUGUCCUCUUGUCUUCAUUUUCACCGGUUCAGGAAAUGUUUCUUCUGGUGCACAAGAGAUAUUUAAGCUUCUUCCUCAUACUUUUGUGGAACCAAGCGAACUUCCGGCACUAUUUGUGGCGGCCAAGGAUGCUGCUCAAACUACUCGAAAAUCGAAAAGGAUCUUCCAAGUAUACGGUUGUGUUGUGACUAGUAAAAACAUGGUUGAACACGAAGAUCCAACAAGAGAAUUUGACAAAGCCGACUAUUAUGCACAUCCAGAACACUACAACCCUGUUUUCCACGAAAAAAUAGCCCCGUAUGCAUCUGUAAUCGUGAAUUGCAUGUAUUGGGAGAAACGAUUUCCUCGCUUAUUGAGUACCAAGCAGGUUCAAGAUCUAACAAAGAAAGCAAGUGUGCUUGUUGGAAUCGCUGAUAUAACUUGUGACAUAGGGGGGUCAAUAGAAUUUGUCAACCAAACCACAUCAAUUGACUCACCUUUCUUCAGAUACGAUCCUGUGACUAAUUCUUACCAUCGUGACAUGGACGGCGCUGGUGUGAUAUGUCAAGCUGUGGACAUUCUUCCGACAGAAUUUGCAAAAGAGGCUUCGAAACAUUUUGGAGACAUAUUGUCCAAUUUUGUUGGUAAUUUGGCUUCUACAAAAGACAUUACAAAGUUGCCUGCACAUUUAAGGAGAGCUUGCAUUACCCAUGGAGGAGCACUUACCUCAUUUUAUGAAUAUAUUCCGCGUAUGAGAAAGUCAGACUCAGAAGAAAUAUCAAAGAAUCAUGUUAAUCACAACUACAAGAACUACAACAUAUCAGUAUCUCUCAGUGGUCACCUAUUUGAUCAGUUUCUGAUAAAUGAGGCCUUAGAUAUCAUUGAAGCUGCAGGCGGCUCCUUUCAUUUGGUUAAGUGUGACGUGGGUCAAUGUUCGAAUUCUCUAUCAUUCUCCGAACUUGAAGUGGGUGCAGAUGACACGGCCGUUCUUGAUCAAAUUAUCGACUCUUUAACUUCUCUAGCGAAUUCAAACGAAAAUCAUGACUUAAAGCAAGAGAAAAAUAAGAUUUCUCUGAGUUUUGGUGAAGUCCAGCACAGUCCCACUAAAAAGGGAAAUGACACGAAAAGAAAGGCUGGGGUUCUGAUUAUUGGAGCAGGCCGGGUCUGCCAGCCAGCUGCUGAGAUGUUAGCAUCAGUUAGCGGAAUGUCAUCCCACGAAUGGUACAAAACAUGCUUUGAAGAUGAAUUCGAAGAGAUUAAUGAUGUGCAAGUUACUGUUGCAUCUCUCUACCUAAAGGAUGCUGAAGAGAUCACUGAAGGUAUUCCAAAUGCAACAGCAGUUCAACUUGAUAUUUCGGACACUGGCAGUCUGCAUAGGUAUAUAUCGGAGGCUGAACUUGUUAUAAGUUUACUGCCGGCUUUUUGCCACGUUACUGUAGCAAAUGCAUGUAUUGAGCUUAAAAAGCAUCUUGUCACUGCUAGCUAUGUUGAUGAAUCCAUGUCAAAACUGGAUGAGAAGGCAAAGAGUGCUGGUAUUACGAUUCUUGGUGAGAUGGGCUUGGACCCUGGGAUAGAUCAUAUGAUGGCGAUGAAGAUGAUCAACCAAGCCCACGUUCGGAAGGGGAAAAUAAGGUCUUUCACUUCUUACUGUGGUGGACUGCCAUCCCCAGCUGCAGCAAACAAUCCGUUAGCAUAUAAAUUCAGCUGGAGUCCUGCAGGAGCUAUUCGAGCUGGACGUAAUCCUGCAACGUACAAAUCUAACGGCAAAAUUGUAGAAGUUGAUGGGAAGGAUCUUUAUGAUUCAGCUGCGAAAUAUCGGGUUCCAGACCUUCCAGCCUUCUCGUUAGAAUGCCUUCCAAAUCGCAACUCCCUAGUUUAUGGGGACUUGUAUGGAAUAGGACAUGAAGCAUCAACAGUCUUUCGUGGAACUCUUCGAUAUGAAGGGUUCGGAGAACUAAUGGCAACGCUUUCAAGAAUUGGUUUAUUCGAAUCUGAACCUCAUCCGCUUCUUAAGGAUGCAAAUAGACCCACGUUCAGGAAAUUUUUGUCUGAACUCCUCAAAAUGAAAACUGAAGAUCUGGACAGACCUCUGAUCGGAGAGAAAAUCAUCCCCGAAAGGAUUGUCACGCUCGGAUACUGCAAAGAGCAAGGAGCUGCUGUGAGGGCAGCUAAGACUAUCGUAUUUCUGGGACUUCACGAGCAGAAAGAGAUCCCCGCCUCUUGCAAAAGCGCAUUUGAAGUUGCUUGUCUUCGGAUGGAAGAGAGAUUAGCGUACUCCAGCACGGAACAGGACAUGGUGCUUUUGCAUCAUGAAGUGGAGGUUGAGUUCCCGGAUGGACUUCGAGAGAAGCAUACAGGCACUCUACUGGAAUUCGGGAAAAUGAAAAGCGGUAAAAUGAUCUCCGCCAUGGCGUUCACUGUGGGAGUCCCGGCGGCCAUUGGAGCUCUGCUCAUACUUGGAAACAAGAUCAAAACGAGAGGCGUCUUGAGACCUAUCGAACCAGAAGUAUACGUCCCAGCAAUGGAUAUACUACAAGCUUAUGGAAUCAAGUUAAUGGAGAAGAUCGAGUGAUCCGAACCAUCUCCGUUCGUCCUUCCUGACAAAUAUCGACGGAUCCAACUUGAAACUCGACGCGCUACUGCCUGGUAUCGCUCGGGCGCAAGGAAGCACAGAUAUUUGAAAGGAAGUGUAUGACGUAAAUUAUGUAACAGGGCUCCAGUGAGAAGUUUGCAGUGCCUUUUUUUCUAAGUUUAGCGGAAAAUGGCGUCUGCAAAUGGGAGGAGCUUACUGUUCCUACUUGGUGUAAGAAAAAUAAUGAUGCGAACAAUGAAUUUGACAGUUUAUCAGA